GCAGGAACAGGAAACGAAUAAGUUGGGCUUUGGGGCUGAGCGGAAUCCUGCAGUACUUGUUUUCCCACUGUCUGUUUCCAUUUAUGUAUAUACUACAGAGUGACCAAAUGACGCCCCCAACCUAAAAACGUGGAUCUGUAACUGGUACACGGCAAGCGGGUUGAGAACAAGGCAGAUAUAUUAUUGUCAUUUGCAGAAAAAGAGUGGAAAAUAGUCGGUAUAAAACAGGUGGAGAAAGAAUGAAGUCAGAAAGGCCAUUAGGUGAAAUAGAAGGGACAGAAAGGUUCCUCAGUGAUGGUAAAGGUAGAGGACUCCGGGCUGCGAAUCACUUCAAAGUGGGUGAUCUAGUUUUUAGCUGCCCUGCUUAUACUAGUGUGCUGACAGUCAACGAACGGGGCAACCACUGCGACUUUUGUUUUACUAGGAAGGAAGGCUUGUCGAAGUGCGGCAAAUGCAAACAAGCAUUUUACUGCAAUGUUGAUUGCCAGAAAGGUGACUGGCCAAUGCACAAACUGGAAUGUUCCUCCAUGUGUACUUUUGGAGAGAACUGGAACCCUUCUGAAACAGUCCGACUAACUGCCAGGGUUUUGGUUAAACAGAAGAUGACUGUAGAGAGGACACCAUCAGAACGAUUACUGUCUGUUCAUGAGUUUGAGUCUCAUCUUGAUAAGCUGGACAAUGAAAAGCGAGAGCUGAUUCAGAAUGACAUCGCUGCACUUCACCAUUUCUAUUCAAAGCACUUGACAUACCCAGACAAUGCCACCCUCGUUCAACUUUUUGCCAAAGUUAACUGCAACGGCUUCACAAUUGAAGAUGAAGAACUUACCCAUUUGGGCUCAGCCAUAUUUCCAGAUGUUGCCCUAAUGAACCAUAGUUGUUUCCCAAACAUAAUUGUAACUUACAGAGGAACCACAGCAGAUGUCCGUGCUACUCAAGAAAUCCAUCCUGGAGAAGAGAUUUUUACCAGCUACAUUGAUCUGCUAUAUCCUUCAGAAGACAGAAUCGAUAGGUUACGAGAUUCAUACUUCUUUACUUGUGACUGCAAAGAAUGUACCUUGAGGACGAAGGAUCCAGCAAAAUUGGAAGUCAGAAAACUGAGUGAUCCUCCUAAGCCAGAGGCUGUAAAGGAAAUGAUCAAAUAUGCCAGAAAUAUGAUUGAGGAGUUCAGGAGAGCCAAGCACUACAAAAAUAUCCUUUCACCCCCUAAUGAGCUGUUGGAAAUGUGCGAGUUGAGUCUGGAUAAGAUGGGUGCAGUGUUUGAAGAAACGAAUGUGUACAUGUUGCACAUGAUGUACCAGGCCAUGGGCGUUUGCCUUUACAUUCAGGACUGGGAGGGAGCACUGCGUUACGGAGAAAAAAUUGUUGGACCAUAUAGUAAGCACUAUCCACCAUAUUCUCUGAAUGUUGCUUCCAUGUGGCUAAAAUUAGGAAGACUAUAUAUGGGGCUAGAAAAGAAGGCAUUAGGCGUAAAGUCAUUAAAAAAGGCUCUUGCGAUCAUGGAAGUGGCACAUGGCAAAGAUCACUUCUACGUUUCAGAAAUCAAAAAGGAACUGGAAGAUUGUAAAUAACGAGGCUUUCUUCAUUUUUAAAUGUUUGCAUAUAGACUGUUAAUGCAGACACACUGUACUUGGCAUGAUUUUGUAAGGAAUGCCCAUUUCCUCCCAUCAAAAGCAAUUUAACAGAUCUGUAAAAUAAAUUCAGAAUGUGGACUGUAUUAUGAUUUUCUGUCAAUAACUCGAAUGACAGAUCAGUUCUGGUUUAUGUGUUAUAGUGUUCUUCCUUCAUAACUAAGGUUUGAUAUGCAUUUUGUGCUAUGAAGCAAAUGUGUUCCUCCCCAGGUAUUGUAUUUCUGCUUUAUGACUGAAGUAAGAAAACAUAAAACCUGAAUGCUUUAAACAUUGAA